GCCAAUGAGUGGGGACGGCGGUGGCGAGUCUCGGGGGAUCCCGGGCGCUGAGUUAAGAAAAUGAGGCAGAAGGAAGUGGUAACCAAGACCUUCCAGGGCCCAGCCAUUGUGUGUAGGACUCCGACCAGCCAUGUUUACAUGUUUGAGAACGGUGGUGGGGACUCGGACUCCUCCGAGGAAGAGUCCCACCGCGUGGCUCUGCGGCCCCGGGGCAAGGAGCGCCGGAAGGAGGGUGCCCCCCACCCUCACCAGCCAGGAGCGGGGGACGUGGUGCUGCUUCAGCGGGAGCUGGCCCAGGAGGACAGCCUCAACAAGCUGGCUCUUCAGUAUGGCUGCAAAUUCUAGAUGCCUUGGCCUCCUUGAACUCCAAACUCUGUCUCUUCAACUUGG